AUGCUGACUUUUGAUGAAAUUCUGGGGAUAGUAUACCUUCAACCAACUGUAGUUGGAUUCCUAGGGAACUGUAUCCUCCUCUUCCUAAAUGGCUUUAAUUUCCUCCUUGUUCGGAGAACAAGACCUAAAAACCUAAUUUUCAUCCAUUUGGCCUUUUCCAAUGCCAUGGUGCUUCUCUUUAGGGGAAUGCCUACUAUAGCAAGACUUUGGAGGGUGAGAUGUCUCCUGGAUGAAACUGGGAUUAAAAUCAUAACAUACAUGCAGACACUAAGCCGGAGCCUCUCUUUGUGUAGCACCUGCCUCUUGAGUGCCUUCCAGGCCAUCACCAUUAGUCCCAACAACUCCAUAUGGGCACAGCUCAAAAUGAGAGCACCAAAGUGCAUCAUUCCAUGCAUUAUUCUUUGCUGGAACUUCAAUAUACUGUUAGGUAUCAUUAUACCUCUAUACCAAAUUGGUCCAAAGAAUAGCACAGACAGUAAAUAUGGAUGCAACACUGGGUAUAGAUCUAUAGAUGUAUUUAAUAACAAAUAUAUAAAAGUUGCAAUCAUAAAAUGUGUUCAUGAUAUUUUGUUUGUGUUCCUCAUGACCUCUUCUAGUGUCCAUAUGGUCUUAAUCCUAUACAGACACAAGAGGAAUGUCAAUCAUAUUCAUAAUAAUAGCUCCUCUUUAAAAACACUGCCUGAAACCAGAGCAACAAAAGCUAUCCUGCUUCUAGUUGCCACCUUUCUUUUGUUUAAUAUAUUCAGUCCCAUUUUGAUUUUGUACAUGCUCUAUUUCAAAUACAUAAACAAUUGGAUGAUACAUACCUCAGCCUUUCUCUCUCUAUGGUAUCCAACACUCAGUCCUUUUAUUCUCAUCAGCAUUAAUAACCAGAUCCCCAGGACUCAUACUCAUUGA